CGAGGCAUUGUAUUUGUAAUUUUUCCUGUAUUCUGUGUCGAGAAAGAAGUGGCUGGGUUUUACCCCACAGUUCUUCUGUAUCAGAGACAUUUAGCGUUAUGAUGUCGAGAACGUGAACUUCAGAGAGAGAAGCUCGUACGCGAGGAAAGAAGGGACUUGUCCCGUUCCCACCCUAUAUGGGAGGAGGAAUUGGGUCAUGACCCUCUCGUCCAAAACAAGUCAACGAUCGCCAAAACAAAGAACAACAGUAUCUUAUAGAGAAAAAACCCUGAAACAAGCCACAAGGAUUAAAAGUUGAAGAAAAGAAAAAAACACGGCAUAAAGCGUUUUGGCUGCCCCAACAAUACCCAUGGCGGACGUUGACCCAGAAACGCUAUUAGAAUGGCUGCAGAUGGGACAGGGGGACGAGAGAGACAUGCAGUUGAUUGCACUGGAGCAACUCUGUAUGCUGCUGUUGAUGUCCGACAAUGUGGACAGAGUAUUUGAAAGCUGCCCUCCGAGGACUUUCUUGCCUGCCCUGUGCAGGAUCUUCUUGGACGAGUGUGCCCCUGAUAAUGUGCUUGAGGUGACUGCAAGAGCCAUCACAUACUACCUGGAUGUGUCUGCUGAGUGCACCCGCCGUAUUGUGGCCGUUGAUGGCGCCAUCAAGGCUCUGUGUAACAGGUUGGUUGUCGUGGAGAUGUCCUCCCGCACCAGUCGUGACCUUGCUGAACAGUGCAUUAAGGUAAUGGAGCGGAUCUGUACCCGAGAGUCUGGGGCAGUGUUUGAUGCGGGCGGCCUGAACUGUGUGCUGAUGUUUAUUCAGCAGCAUGGGUCACAGGUACACAAGGACACACUCCACUCCUCCAUGUCUGUGGUGUCAAGGCUCUGUGGCAAGAUGGAGCCACAGGAUCCGUCCUUGGAGGAAUGUGUCGUGUCCCUGUCUACACUGUUGGAGCAUGAGGACCAGUUUGUGUCUGAUGGCUCUCUAAGGUGCUUUGCCUCACUGGCUGAUCGGUUUACCCGUCGAGGAGUAGACCCCUCUCCUCUGUCUCAGCAUGGCCUUAUCAAUGAACUGCUGCUGCGUCUUCAGAAGGCUGGAGAGUCCGGCCACAACGCGUCUGUAUCCAGUACACCUGGGACAGUCAGUAUCACCUCGGAGUCCAAGUCCAGCCCAAGUAUAUCCACAGUCAUCAGCCUGCUGUCCACUCUCUGUCGCGGGUCCCCCAGCAUCACACACGACCUCCUUCGGUCAGAACUGCCUGAUGCAGUGGAAAGUGGACUAAAGGGAGAUGAGAGAUGCUGCCUGGACACAAUGCGUCUAGUAGACCUGUUACUGGUACUGCUGUUUGAGGGGAGGAAAGCCUUACCUAAGGCUGGUGUGUCCAGUAUUACAAGUCGUAUCUCAGGACUACGUCGCACUGACAGCUCAGGGGAGCGAUCCCACCGCCAACUCAUUGACUGUAUACGAAGUAAAGACACGGAUGCUCUCAUAGAUGCUGUGGACAAUGGGUUUGAGGUGAACUUCAUGGAUGAUGUUGGACAGACUCUGUUGAACUGGGCAUCAGCCUUCGGAACACAGGAAAUGGUCGAGUUUCUGUGUGAACGAGGUGCUGACGUUAACCGGGGUCUGAGAUCAUCAUCAUUACAUUAUGCAGCCUGCUUCGGACGACCUCAAAUUGUCAAGACUCUGCUAAGGUAUGGUGCUAACCCAGACCUGAGAGAUGAGGAUGGGAAAACUCCCCUGGACAAGGCUAGAGAGAGGGGGGACGAAGGUCACCGUGAGGUCAUUCAGACCCUCCAGUCACCUGCGGAGUGGAUGGUGCCGGUGAACAGGGAGAUCGCUGCUGAGGUGGAGAAGAAGAAGGAGGAAGAAGUGGUUGAGAAGGAGGAGGAAUCUGAGGAUCCCAAAGGUGACCCUGAAGUAGCCCCACUUUAUCUAAAACAGCUUCUCCCAGUCUUCACACACGUGUUUCAGAGCACCAUGCUUCCCUCUGUAAGAAAAUCUAGUCUUUCCCUGCUGAAGAAGAUGAUUCACUACAUCACCAAUCCAUUACUAGGUGAUAUGUGUAAUCCUGAGUUUUAUGUGGCCAACUUUGCAGGAUCUCUCACUGAAGUCAUGGCAAAUGUGUUAGACCAUGAGGAGGAUGACGAAGGCCAUCAGGUAGUAUUACACAUCAUCCAAGACCUGAUGUCAAAGAACCAGGACACAUUCCUUGAACAUUUCGCACGCCUGGGCCUGUUUGGGAGAGUGUUGUCCCUAGCUGGCCCCAUGGACGAAGAAGAAGGAGCCACGGCUAAAGAGGACAAGGACGAGGAUGAGCAGCUCCAGGAGGAUGCCCUUGACAUUCAACAAGGUCGUCCAUAUCACUGGAAGGACUGGUGCAUGGUUCGUAGUCGCGACUGUCUCUACCUCUGGAGCGACGCUGCAGCUCUUGAACUCAGCAAUGGUAGUAAUGGUUGGUUCCGGUUCAUUCUGGACAGCAAGCUUGCCACAAUGUACUCAAGUGGCAGCCCUGAGGGUGGACCGGACAGCUCAGAGAACCGUGGCGAGUUUCUGGAAAAGCUCCAGCGUGCCAAAAGUCAGAUCAAGUCUGGUACCCCAAGUCGGCCCAUCCUGUCUCGUACCUCCUCUCCUCGCAUGGUCAUCGGUAACUGGUCACUCCAGUGCAAGAAAGAGGGGGAGAUUCAGAUACACAACGCUGAUGGUCAACAGGUGAUGAAUCAGGCCACUAUUUUGAGGGAGGAUCUUCAGGGCUUUAUCUUUGAGUCUAACCGUGGCACCAAGCACUCCUUCACAGCAGAGACAUCACUUGGACCGGAAUUUGCAUCUGGCUGGGGCGGGAAGAAAAGCAAGAAAUUCAGGUCAAAAACAGAAGAAAUCAAAACUAAAGUUCGACAACAAGCACGUGGGAUUUAUGAGGACUACUUCAGGGCAGCAGAGGCAAUGCCUCGGGGAGUGGUUGCCAAGAUACGCACCAUAGUACAACAGCUAGAGGCUGCAUGUGCCAAACAGAUCAGCCAAGUCAGGUCCCCUGAUGGAGCGGUUACGUGGUUGGAGGACAUGACUGCCUCCUUGGCCGAGCUGGUCAUGCUCCUGAAGGAUGACCAUACUGUAUCUGCUUAUGAACUUCACUCCAGUGGCCUUGUACAGACGCUGCUCAACAUCCUCAACAAUAAUAUAGAAGAUUCCAAUAGUAAGGAAAGUAAGAAGAGGACACGAGAGAGAAUUGACCUGUUUAAAGGUGUUUUUCAGGAAAAGGAAAGAAAUCUACCUGGAUCAGGAUACAGUCUACAGGUAAGAGGCCAGCUUGGUUUGGUAGAGUUACCUGUAUAUAGCUAUGAUUUACCUGGAUCAGGAUACGGUCUACAGAUUCUGACAAGACGUGUGAGAUUUCGGCUGGAAAGAGCUCCAGGGGAGAGCACUCUGUUAGAUAGAAGUGGAUGUAACCUGAAGAUGGAGCCGUUGACCUCAGUAGCUUCCUUAGAGAGAUAUCUGCUCAAAAUGGUGGCAAAACAGUGGUAUGACUUUGACAGACAAACAUUUACUUUUGUGAAGAAGCUCAAGGAACCAACCAAUAGAGUCAUGUUCUCACAUCAGACCGACUUCGACGAGAAUGGUCUUAUUUACUGGAUAGGAACUAAUGCCAAGAGCGCCUAUGAGUGGAUCAAUCCCGCCCACUAUGGACUGGUAGUGGUCACAUCAUCGGAAGGCAGGAAUCUCCCAUACGGAAAGCUGGAGGACAUUCUCAGCCGGGACAGUGCUGCCCUAAACUGUCACACGAAUGAUGACAAGAAGGCAUGGUUUGCCAUAGACCUGGGGGUGUGGCUGAUCCCAUCCUGUUACUCCUUAAGGCAUGCUCGAGGAUAUGGCAGGUCUGCCCUGAGGAACUGGCAACUUCAGGUGUCUAAGGAUGGGACCACAUGGGACUCACUUCUAAACCAUAAGGAUGACACUAAACUCAAUGAACCCGGGUCUACAGGUACAUGGUCACUGACUCCGUCCAAAGAGGAGACUCAAGGUUGGCGCCACAUCCGGCUCCAACAGACUGGCAAGAAUGCCAGUGGACAGACCCACUACCUAUCUCUGUCCGGGUUUGAGAUCUAUGGCACAGUGACAGGUGUCUGUGAUGACUUAGGCAAGGCUGCAAGGGAAGCUGAGGCAAACCUGAGACGACAGAGGAGAAUUAUCCGCACACAGGUACUGAAGCAGAUGGUUCCCGGGGCUCGUGUGAUGCGUGGUAUGGACUGGAAGUGGAGGGAGCAGGAUGGCAACCCACCAGGGGACGGUACCAUCACAGGAGAGCUCCACAAUGGUUGGAUUGAUGUAACCUGGGACUCUGGUGGCUCAAACUCCUACAGAAUGGGGGCAGAGGGCAAAUAUGACCUCCAGCUCUCACCCAAUCACGACCCAGAGAAGCUCCGCCCUGUUGUCAGGACGACAGAGGCAGGAGCAGUUGGAGGAGCCAAAGUUAAGGUCACAAGUUCGCUGGUAUCUGACAAAGCCAAGGUGAGUGUACUGACCAGUAGGAAGAGUAGUUCCACACCGAGUCUCACCGACGUGUCGGAGAACAAGCCAUCUGUGGCCAGUACUGAACAGGCGGCUUCCGCAGACAACCUCACAACAGCCGUCAAGUCUAUGGCGCAGAACCUGGCUGACAGUAUGGUGAAUCUUGCCAGUUCAGAUGCCCUUGUAUCUGUAACUGUGGACCCUGUAGAUGAAGGAAUAAGUGGUAACAUACCCACAGAGCCAGUUAUAGUUGUCCACAAGGGACAUGAGCGUGGGAACCUUGAGGCGUCAGGAGGCUAUCCUGCCUUGCCAGACGUCCUGGAGACGAGUGAGCAGGGGUCGCCCAAGGGCGCAGAGGCCAUGCAAAUGCCGUCCAACACCACAGUUGGCUCAAAUGUGGCUGCCAGUGUGGCUGAGGCUAUUGCCAAGAAAAUGGAGGCGCAGACACGCAGCUCUCCUACCAACCCUAUGAGUGUGAGUGUACCAAAUCUACCGUCAAGUAUGGAGCAGACAGUAAGUCUUCUCGAGACCUUUGCUGCUGUGACACGCAGGAAUCUUGGUACCGUUGUCAUGAACAACCGCAGCAACAGUGGGAGGCUUGGUCCCCAGAACUCGCCGAGUAUGUACAACAGUAUGUAUCACCAUACCACAUUACCAGGGCAAGAUGCCUUGUUGAGUACAGCCCAGAGUUACCCAAGCCUUACCACAUCAGCAUCAGCAACAUCUAAUACAUUAACAACAACACAGACAAUGGCCAAUGUGACAUCUCUAAGUCAGGCUUUGACUCGCAGCCUCACUUCCACAUCUAGCGAAAGUGAUAAUGAGUUCAUGGAGGGCUGUCGUGCACCCAUGUUGCUGGCUGAGCUGGAUGAUGAUUGUGAGGAACUCCCUGGACCUGAUGAUGACGAUGAUGAAAAUGAGGAUGAAAAUGAAGAUGAUGAAGUUUAUGAUGACUUCUUGGAGGAGGAUGAGUUAGAGGGGCGAGGCGAGAGGAGGAAGACCUGGGAUGAUGAGUUUGUCCUGAAGCGCCAAUUCUCUGCCCUCAUCCCAGCAUUUGAUCCCCGUCCUGGCCGCACCAACGUCAACCAGACACAGGACUUUGAGAUCCCCACCCCAGGAACAGAUGAUCUGAGUAUGGCGGAGUCCAGUGACCAGGUGCUUCAACCCAAACUGGCUAUCUACAUCAAGGCACCAGGACUGCCAGGGGUGAGUGUACUGACCAGUAGGAAGAGUAGUUCCACACCGAGUCUCACCGACGUGUCGGAGAACAAGCCAUCUGUGGCCAGUACUGAACAGGCGGCUUCCGCAGACAACCUCACAACAGCCGUCAAGUCUAUGGCGCAGAACCUGGCUGACAGUAUGGUGAAUCUUGCCAGUUCAGAUGCCCUUGUAUCUGUAACUGUGGACCCUGUAGAUGAAGGAAUAAGUGGUAACAUACCCACAGAGCCAGUUAUAGUUGUCCACAAGGGACAUGAGCGUGGGAACCUUGAGGCGUCAGGAGGCUAUCCUGCCUUGCCAGACGUCCUGGAGACGAGUGAGCAGGGGUCGCCCAAGGGCGCAGAGGCCAUGCAAAUGCCGUCCAACACCACAGUUGGCUCAAAUGUGGCUGCCAGUGUGGCUGAGGCUAUUGCCAAGAAAAUGGAGGCUCAGACACGCAGCUCUCCUACCAACCCUAUGAGUGUGAGUGUACCAAAUCUACCGUCGAGUAUGGAGCAGACAGUAAGUCUUCUCGAGACCUUUGCUGCUGUGACACGCAGGAAUCUUGGUACCGUUGUCAUGAACAACCGCAGCAACAGUGGAAGGCUUGGUCCCCAGAACUCGCCGAGUAUGUACAACAAUGCCUUGUUGAGUACAGCCCAGAGUUACCCAAGCCUUACCACAUCAGCAUCAGCAACAUCUAAUACAUUAACAACAACACAGACAAUGGCCAAUGUGACAUCUCUAAGUCAGGCUUUGACUCGCAGCCUCACUUCCACAUCUAGCGAAAGUGAUAAUGAGUUCAUGGAGGGCUGUCGUGCACCCAUGUUGCUGGCUGAGCUGGAUGAUGAUUGUGAGGAACUCGCUGGACCUGAUGAUGACGAUGAUGAAAAUGAGGAUGAAAAUGAAGAUGAUGAAGUUUAUGAUGACUUCUUGGAGGAGGAUGAGUUAGAGGGGCGAGGCGAGAGGAGGAAGACCUGGGAUGAUGAGUUUGUCCUGAAGCGCCAAUUCUCUGCCCUCAUCCCAGCAUUUGAUCCCCGUCCUGGCCGCACCAACGUCAACCAGACACAGGACUUUGAGAUCCCCACUCCAGGAACAGAUGAUCUGAGUAUGGCGGAGUCCAGUGACCAGGUGCUUCAACCCAAACUGGCUAUCUACAUCAAGGCACCAGGACUGCCAGGGAUGGAGGAUGGUGAGGUAUGUCUCGGCCAGGAGAAAAGCUGUAUAUUCAAGUACAUACAGAAACUGCUAACUCAGGGACCUGCAUCCAACAGAACAGAGCGACUUAAGAGGAUCUGGGAACCAACCUACACGAUUGUGUAUAAGGCAUUGAAGGACGGAGAAAGCAAACAAGAACUGGAGAAAAUGACCGACUCUGUGUACCGACAGAUUGGAGCCCAGGCAGACAGUCAGGGCUACCAAAUCCUCAGUGAAUGGGAUAUUCCCCGCAACAAUGAUCCUACAGCCUGUACCAUGGACCACGUGCUUCAACUGCUGCAACGGCUGUAUGCCAUCGUCAUGGAGCCCACGCCAACCACGCUCAUGAACUAUGACCGACCUCUACUACUGAAUGUGACGGCAGAGGAAUUCAUUAGUAAAAAGAUCACCAACAAACUAGUACAACAGACACAGGACCCCUUGGUGCUGGCCAGUAACGCCUUGCCCGACUGGUGUGAGAAACUGACCAAGUACUGCCCUAUGCUCUGCUCCUUUGACACCAGGCAGAUCUACUUCACUUGUACCGCUUUUGGAUCCUCCAGGGCCAUUGUGUGGCUACAGGACCGAAGGGAUGCCACCCUUGAGAGAAGUCGUGGCCCCAUGCCACGUCGGGACGAGGGUGGGGAGUACCGUAUUGGGCGUCUGAAGCACGAGCGUGUGAGGAUUCCGCGUAAUGAGAGGCUACUGGACUGGGCCGUUCAGGUGAUGAAGUACCACUCCCAUCGAAAGUCUGUGCUGGAAAUAGAAUUUGAGCUGGAGGAAGGGACGGGACUCGGCCCCAGCCUUGAGUUCUAUGCCCUCAUUGCCGCAGAAAUGCAGAGAAAGGAACUUGGACUAUGGCUGUGUGAUGAUGACAUCACCAACAAGCUUGAGAGACAGGUGGACAUUGGCCAUGGUAUGAAGCCCCCAGGAUAUUACAUCCAGAGGGCCGGAGGUUUAUUCCCCGCCCCUCUGCCCCAGGACAGCGCUGAUAUUCCUCGUGUCGAGAAGCUGUUCCACUUCCUGGGCACCCUCCUCGCUAAGUGUAUACAGGACAAACGUCUGAUUGAUUUGCCACUCUCCCGCUCCUUCUUCAAACUGAUGUGUAUGGGUGAGAUGGGCCACAUCAUCACCCAGCAAUACCAGGAUUCACUGCACCGGUCUGUGGGCAGUACCACCGAGUCCUAUUACAGCGAGCAUGACCUUUCUCCACGUGACACAUUGUACUCCAGCAUAGAGGAUGUGGACAAGGAACUCAUCCUUGAUCCCCCUAAAGUCAAGCGUCCAGACACACCUGCCUGGUACGAAGGAAUUCUUAAUGAUGAUGAGUUUGAGCUCAUUGAUCCCCACCGUGCAACAUUCCUACGACAGCUACGAGAGUUAGUCAAUAAAAAACAGAGGAUUCUGAAAGACAAGACCCUGUCUCCUGAUCAGAAAAACAUACUCAUACAGCAGUUAGGUCUUCAGAAUCCAUCCGAGCCUGGUGCGAUCUACAGGAUAGAAGAUAUUGGCCUAACAUUCCAGUUCAACCCUUCAUCCAAAGUGUAUGGUUACAUGUCGUAUGAUCUGAAGUCUAAUGCAGAGGAGGAGGUGAAUCUGGAGAACGUGGAUGAAUAUGUUGAUCUGGUCACUGACUUCUGUCUCAACAGUGGAAUCCGACACCAACUUGAUGCUUUUAAAGCUGGGUUUGAUGAGGUAUUUACCAUGGAGAAGCUGCACUCCUUUAGCCCUACAGAGCUGGCCACACUCAUGUGUGGGGAGCAGGCACCUGUGUGGACACGUGAGGACGUCCUCAACUACACAGAGCCCAAGCUCGGUUACACCAGGGACAGCCCUGGGUUCCAGCGAUUUGUCAAUGUGAUGACUUGUCUUAAUGCUGAUGAGAGGAAAGCAUUUCUACAGUUUACAACAGGGUGUUCCUCCCUACCUCCAGGAGGCUUUGCUAAUCUGCACCCACGUCUGACCGUGGUGAGGAAGGUUGAUGGUAGUGAUAACAGCUACCCCUCAGUCAACACCUGUGUUCACUAUCUCAAGCUGCCAGAGUACUCCUCGGAAGAUAUCCUACGCCAGAAACUCCUUGAUGCUACCAGUGAAAAGGGUUUCCACUUAAACUGAUGAUGGAUGUGGUUAGCUGUGUCAAAAAAGAACCUGUGUCCAGUUGUGUUUGAGCAAGAAUGGAAACUGAAGAAAUGGUCGUGUUACUCAAAAGUCACCCAUGUAGGAGAUUCCUAGAAUCUUAAUUCACAUUCUUACUGGACCUGCCAUAUUGACGAGAGUUCAUGUGGACAGAAAUUUGAUCCUAGUUUGAUCGUCACAUUGACUGAUAUUUGACCAUCACAUGGGUCAUCUUGGAUGACCCAGCUCAGUGUUUACAGCUUUCAUACCUAUUCAUUUCCCUAACUUAUAAUUCACAUGAAUUGCAGUUAUUUGCAACAUUAGUUCUUAUAUUGAGUGUUAAGUAUUGCAAUACUAUGAUUCUAGAUAAAAAUGUUCCUAGGGUUUUGCUGUAUGAGAUUGGUUGUGUGAGGUUAAUUGGCAGCAAUGAUGCAGCCAUCUUGGGAAUGCAAGAACAUUGUGUGAGUGAUGAGAGAUCUAUUUGGGAGAGGGAGGGGGGAGUCACCAAAUCCCAAGUUUGAUGAAUUGUGUAAGAGAAAACCUGAUCACGGACAGAAUCUAUACAACAUGUGAUACACAAGACUUGAUUGCCAGUGUAAGCUGUUCUAAUAUGACAUAUAAGGACAGCAUUAUUUGUUUGUGUUUCAGUAGCAAAUAUUCAGCUUGGGUAUCAAAGAUUAAUGUGUAGACUGCUCUUGAUUAUGAUGCCAGUUUUGAUUACUUAAACACAAGUUCUUUCAAUUCAAGAUUCCCUGUUCUACUGCAGGCAUAAUGCAAAAAAUUCACGACGAAUUGUAUAUAACUGUAGAGCAGUUGGGCCAGGACACUGUAACCGCAUAACAAUCUGAGGUCCAGACUCCGAAUCCUAGUCAAGCCUAACUGAAAUUUUACACUAAGAACAAUGGUGUUGAUUGUAUUUUCUUUCAUUUUUAUCAUUUAUUCAUAAAAGUUGCACAAUCCAUGGUUUUCUUUUCAGAAUAAUUCACCAAAGCUAUUGUCAAGAUUUAGUUUCUAAUGCAUUGGUACAGUUUAUGGCAGUGGUACAGGGAUUCUUUGUUGGUGAGAUUCAGUCGCAUGAUUUCACUAUAGAUGUGUCUGGAUGUGUCAUGUUGUCUUCCGUUCGAUUCAAGUUUGGUUGAGUGUUAUAACAGGGUUAGGUGGCCGACCAAUAGCCAUCUCCACACACUGUCAGGGAUGUACAAUUCAUCUUAAAUCAUGUUGAAAUUUUUUAGAUUUUUUAAAAAUUGUGAAUCUAUGUAGUCCACUGCACAAUGCACUUGGUAUAAGUUCUGCGAGGAGACCAUGGUGAUAGGUGGAAUCACUGAAUUGGAGUAUUCAUUGAAAUGUAGGGGAGAUAACCCAGCAGAAUAGCGUUAUUGCCUUACUGAAGAAUCAUGAGCAACCAAACAAGUAAUGACGGACAGCGAUUGGUCAGAGGCUUGGACGUAUGGACCUAAUCAGGGUGGUUGUUACUGUCAGUUUGGAAAUGUAUGGCUGUGUCAUUAUUUGCCUGUGGUAGUUGAGCAGAUUCUAUACAUAUUUAUCCAAGUGCUUGACAACUUCUCACGUUUCUUAAAUGUUUGUGUGUACAUGUUAAGUAAGUAUGAUAGAAACAAUUUAUUGUUGUUUGUUGUUGAAAGAUUUUAACACUUUUAACCUUUUUUUUGUAUUGUUCCAUGGAAAUGGAAGUCUAUUUAUUGUUUUGAGUAAUUCAUAUCACAUGCAAGCUUUUGAAUGAAAAAAAGAAUGGCGUAUAUUCAAAAGAGAUGUAAUGAAAUCUAUGUGAUAGAUACACUUGUUUUGGUAGGAGUUUGUAUUAAAUGCCUGUGCAAUCACAAUACCA